UUUUUUUUUUUUUUUGUAAAGCCGCGUUUUUACCCCUCUUUACUUCAUAAAAAAAAAAAAUGGACGACUUUGACGAUAUUACGUUUGACGAUUACGACUUUGAUACAGGGAAAACCAAUCAAGCCAACAAUAACACUAAUAAUAAUAACAACACACAACCAGGUCAAUCUUCCUUUGACGAUUUACCUGCGUUUGGCGACACACCUAUCGAAAGCGCACCCAAGAAAAUCAAAGCCAGAAAAUUCGACGAAGCCUUACUCUUGGAACCUGAAGGACUUCCCCUCUUAAAAAGUGAAAGUCGUUUCCUGCAUUUCAGGGGAAAACACCAUGAAGCAGACGAUUUAAGUCGUUUAAUGACCUAUUAUACCGUUUGGGCUGAUAACUUAUUUCCCAAAUACAAGUUUUCUCAUUUUGCUAAAGUCGUGGGUAACCAUACCAAGGGUAAACGAGUCAAGGAGGCUUUGAGCGAAUGGCAAGAUGAGUACAAGGAAAAGAUGCAAGUGAGACGGAAUCAGUAUAGCGAACUCUCAGGUCAAACUGUCGGAGAUGAGGAAGGUGGUAGUGCACGAGAGGAGGAAGUGUCUUCGGAUGAUGAUAACCAACCCUUGUUCUUCCCCAUGUCUGCUGAUGUAGCAGAACGUCUACAAAAAGAAAAGAAAAAGACUGCAAAACCCAAAGUGAAAAAGACGAAAUACCGAAGCAAUGAUUACAUUCGAUCGGACGAAGAUCAGACAGAUGACGACGAGGAUAAUGUCGUAACCAAGAAACCUCGCACGAUCACCUUUUCUGAUGAUGAAGAAGAACCUGCUAAACCUACGGAUGCUAAGUCAGGACGAGAAUAUGCAUUGUCUAUUUUAGCAGAAAAGAGAAAGCAACGUCAAUUGGCACAACAAAGACAAAAGGAAGAAGAGGAAGAGAAAGAAAGAAAUAAACCGGCAAAGACAGUGGAUGAAUUGAUGGAAGAAUAUAAUGAUGAUGUUCAAUUGGCUUUAUCUGAUAAUGAACUCGCUCAAUUAGAAACUGUCAAUGAUGAAUUCGACGAUAUAGUAAUGGAAAGCAUUGACGAUAUUAUAUAAAUAAAAAUAAACAAAUAUAUAUAUAUAUAUACUACAUGAGAGUGACUUCCCGUAGAGUUUCACUAUUGUUCAAAUCCUCCCCAUCAUCUGCAGCAAUAAUUUUAUC